AUGUAUACCGCAAAGAAGAGGGUGGAAGACGAAAAGAGGAAGGGAAUUUGUAAAAGUGCAAAAAGAGCUGGCGACUACUAUAUGUUCGACUAUGAUCCGAGCACGGAUGAGUUGGUCAAACCAGUGGAGAGUUUCGUGCCAGAAGUGACACCUGGAGCGACGAACUUUGAUAAACUUGAUCCGGGACAGAUUUCAGUUGGCAUAUGCUGCAACAGACAAUCAACCCUGGAUCUAGCCAAGGCACUGCAGCAAGUGCAGGAAGCAGAGAAAAUCAAGGAUAGCGAGGAGCGAAUGAUUGAAGCGAUGCAGACGGAUCAGAAGGCUCGACAAUCUCGUCCGUCGAGUCCACCGAUGCAAACAGCUCUCGAGCCUACGCCGAAACCGUCGGAUAAGGGAGAAAAAGGUUUUCAAGCUUUUAUGGUUCCUUCUUUGAUCAUAUUUACUAUUUCAUAUGAAAGCGUAGAAAUAGUUUGA